AUGGAGGGCCAGAAACAGCCCAAGGAGCAGAGCGACCGUAUAGAGCAAAUACCUGGAGUGCCGCUUGUAAUCAAGAGAAUAGAUAUGGACAAAUACUCACAACAACCUUGGAAGCCAAGUGCUGCUUCUCUACCAAUUCCGAAAUAUGAUGGAAUAACUGAUCCACGGGAUCACGUAACUGCAUUCACAACCAGUGUAAAGGGCAACGGAAGAGACUCGCGUUCAAAACAGGAAAACCCAAGGUACGAUCAUAGAUCAAGAGAUAGAGAGUCAGGUUCAUCAUCAAGGUUCGGAAAAGAACGAAACACGCGAGAGACGCGAGAUGAUGACAGCUCGAAGGCAAAGAUCGGCGGUUAUAGUUUUAAUAUUAGCACAUCUGAGUUGGUGGCUGUUUUAAGGAGCAUGGGAGACAAGAUUAAAGCUAUUGAAGAAAUUCCGGAUAUACUCACGAGCAAAAAAGAAGUACAAAGGCUGACAGGAAGAAUAACAGCCUUGGGCAGGUUUAUUUCCAAGUCAUCAGAAAAAUGCUUCAAAUUCUUUUCAGCUUUAAAAAAGCAAAACCAAUUUGAAUGGUCUGAAGAAUGUCAACAAGCGCUUAAAAAUUUAAAGGCGUACCUGUCAAAUCCACCAUUGCGAGCCAAACCGAAAAGUGGGGAGAAAUUACUUGUCUACCUUACAGUUUUAGAAGUGGCGGUAAGUGUCGUAUUAGUUCGAGAAGACCAAGAUGCUGAAACUCGAUAUCCUCAUUUAGAGAAACUUGCAUUAGCUUUGAUUAUGACAUCUAGGAAAUUAAGACCUUAUUUCCAAUGUCAUCCUAUUUCUGUGGUAACCGCCUACCCCUUACGUAAUAUAUUGUAUAAACAAGAGUUAUCGAGUGGAUUAGCCAAGUGGGCUAUUGAACUAAGUGAAUAUGACAUUACAUAUCAACCUAGAACUGCAAUAAAGUCACAAGUUUUAGCAGAUUUCGUGGAAGAUUUUAGCCAAGGGAUACUGUUGGAAGCAGAAAAAGAACUACAGUUAUUUAAUAGAUCUAAUCCAGGAGCAGGUCUGGGCAUUGUCCUGGUACCACCUGCGGGUGAAACCAUACGGCAAGCAAUAAAGUGUCAUCCAAUCACUAAUAAUGAGGCAGAAUAUGAAGAUGUGAUUAUAGGGUUGGAAUUGGCGCGACAGCUCGGAAUAGAGCAGGUCAUGAUUAAAAGUGAUUCACAGCUUGUAGUUAACCAAAUGCAGGGGACUUACACAGCUAGAGAAGCGAGGAUGCAACAGUACCUGGAAAAGAUACCAAGGGAAGAAAAUGCAGAGAUAGAUGCUCUAGCCAAUCUUGUAUCUGCUGCAGAAGUAACAAAUAAAGAAAAUUCUUUCGUGAUUCAUUUGUUUCAUUCAGUGCUUGAUCAAGACAAAAACGAGGUAAAUUAUAAUAAUCUAACUUGGGACUGGAAAAAUGAGAUUGUCAAUUUUUUGGAGUAUGGAAUACUACCUGAAGAUAAGAAAAAGACUCAAGCACUUUGCCAAAAAGCUGCUCGUUACUGUUUAAAUCAAGGCAAUCUAUAUCGAAAAAUGUUCGGUGGACCUCUAGCAAAAUGUCUCGGCCCUUCUCAAAUGGAGUACGUAAUGAGAGAAAUACAUGAGGGACAUUAUGGAAAUCAUGCUGGAGGAAGAGCUUUGGUAAAAACCAUAAUUAGAGUUGGCUAUUAUUGGCCAAAAAUGGAAGAAGACGGGGAAAAUUUUAUGGCAAAAUGUGACAAGUGCCAAAGAUAUGGUAACAAUAUGCACCAACCAGCUGAAUUAUUACAUCCGGUCGUUGUAUCAUGGCCUUUUAUGAAGUGGGGGAUGGAUAUUGUAGGUCCACUACUACAAGCCAAAGGCAAGGUAAGAUUUUUGUUAGUAUUCACUGACUAUAUUACUAAGUGGGUAGAAGCAGGAGCUUUCAAUCAGGUGCGAGAAAAAGAGGUCAGAGACUUCAUCUGGAGAAACAUCACAUGCCAAUUCGGGAUGGCAAAGAAAAUCGUAUGUGAUAACGGACCACAAUUUAUAGGUGCACAAAUCACAAAUUUUUUCCAAAGUUGGCGAAUUAAAAGGAUUACCUCAACACCGUACCAUCCGGUGGGUAAUGCACAAGUUGAAUCAACAAAUAAAGUCAUUAUCAACAACUUGAAGAAAAGACUGGAAGAAUCUAAAGGCAGUUAG